AUGGCUUUUGUCUGCUGUAUCCUGCCCCAAAGCAUCUCCAAAAAUACAGAUACUUCUGAAAAUGUUUAUAUUAGCAAUAUGAUGUUAACUGACUUGAAAGGUGAAGAUUUGAAAAACCCACAAAAGAUUGGUCAGCCCAUCGAGCCUUCUGAAGCCAAAAAAGUUUCUUAUUUAGUGAGGGAGUUGAUGGAACAUUUGCAUGCAAAUGAAAAUUUCUUAAACAAAGAUUAUCCUACAAAUAAAAAGAUGGCAGCUGAAACAGGAUCAAAUCCACCCGGAAGAAGAAUGUCUUGGGUAGAUGCAGUGAAUACAGAGAAGUCUAGUUCUGCACGCUUAUCACAGUGUGGUUCACCAAUUCUCUUCUGUUAUUUACCUCCAGAAUUUCUACCCAAGGCCCACCAAGUAAAGUCUUUAAAGAAGCCAAGCAAGGAACCAAGGAAAACAAUGGACACUCCCUCUGCCAGAGACAAAGAUGUCAGAAAAUCUGCUUCCUCACACAAAGGAUGCCAGACAGAAACUAGUAACAAGACUUUGAAUAAUGGCUACAGGCCAAUUGACAAUCAGGGAGGAAUGUCCUGGUGGAUUAGUGCCCCUCCAAGGGUAAAAAAGAAGUCAACAUCAAGGAUACAACAAAUCUACUCCAACAGAUUACCACCUCCAGUUCCCCUGGUGACUGUCAAAAAUGUUGGUAAAGACUUGUGUUCUAGUCCACCUGAGAGAAAAGUCAAAGCACUCUUGUCACCAUAUAAUAAGAAACCCAAACUUGGACUGAAUUCCAGCCCUUUGAAAAAAAAACCAUUUCUCAUCUGA